AUGGUUGAUGCUACCCCGGAUAUGUCACAUACUGAACAAAGUACAUUCAUCCUGAGAUACCUAACUUGUGAUAAAUGUGGUAAAUACCUGAUACAAGAGAGAUUUCUUUCAUUUAUUGAUGACAGUAAGAAGACAGGGGCAGACAUUUCAGAGAUGAUAUUAAAAUUUCUUAGUGAUUCUCAUAUUCCUUUUGAAGAUUGCAGAGGUCAGGGAUACGACAAUGGUAGUAAUAUGUCAGGUGAGUACAAUGGAGUCCAGAGCCAUCUUAAAAGAAAGAAUCCUCUCUGCUUGUUCUCAACUUUUGGCUGUCAUUCCUUAAACUUGUGUGGUUCUGAUGCUGCUGCUUGUUGCAAAGAGGUAGUAACAUUUUUUGGGAUGGUACAGACAGUAUAUAAUAUUUGCUCGAGCAGUCCCAAACGCUGGGAGAUACUUAAGAGUCACAUUGCGGCAUCUCUUCACGGUUUAUCUGGAACUCGGUGGACAGAUAGAGUAGCUAGUGUCAGGCCCUUUGCACACCAUUUACCUGGUAUUCUCGCUUCACUUAAAGAAAUAUCCCAACUGAAGAGUUUAACAGCUAAAACUAAAGUAGAUGUGGCAGCCGCUAUUAAGUAUGUGUCUUCUUUUGAAUGUAUUUUGAUGGCUGCUUUUUGGUUCAAGUUAUUGAAUUCAAUAGAUCAGAGAAAUCAGGUGAUUCAAGCUCAGUCUUCUACUGUAGAUAUUGAAGUAAAAAACAUAGAGGACUUGGAAACUGAAUUGCAGUCUCUCAAAAAGAAGUGGCAUUUAAUUUAUGAUGAAGCCAAAGUUGUUGCAGUUGCCAUGAACAUUGACCCAGUAUUUCGAGUCACUCGGAAAGGAAAAAGAAAAUCCUUUUUUGAUGACUCCGACUCUGAUGAUGAUAAGGUAUCAGGUGAAGAUUCACUUAUACAGACAGACGAACAUAGAUUUAAGAAAGAAGUGUUUUUUAAGGUUAUUGACACAGUAUGUGAGAGACUAAACAAGCGUUACCAGGCCAUCUUCCAGAUUAACAAACUAUUUGGGUUUCUGUGGUCAUAUCUUGAUAUGACUGAUGAAGUGAUAGUAAAUGAUUCUAAAAACUUUAGCACUGAGUAUAGCAAAGACAUCUCUAGUGACAAGCUAACUGAGGAAAUUCUGUACCUUAAGAAUAUAUACAUAAAGCCAAUUUAG